UGGUUCCGGGUUGAGAGGCUGCGCUCGGACCUGAGCAGUGGCCGCUGAGCCGGCAGGGGUAAGGGGCCACGCCGGGCGGGGUCUUGGGGCCGGGAUCGGGCAGCUGAGCUUGCUCGCACCCCUCCUCUCCUCUGCCACGCACAGCCGCGGCGCAGCUCCGCCUGGCUUCCCCCUUCCCCAGAAUUCCCCAUCCCCAGCUUCUCCCCCUCCCCCCACUGCACCCAUCCCGGGGUUUCAGCACCCCCUAAGGCCUCCGCCCCCCUCCUGGAUCCUCUUCUCCCAGCACCCAUCCCUUCAGACUGUCCCUUACUCUAGAACCUCCUUGCCAGGAGCCUCUUCCCUCAGACACCAAGGCCCCCUCCCUCCAGCACCCAUCGCUUCGAGUCACCCACUACCUCGAGACCACCUUCUUGGACUCGCAUCCCGACUAGUCUCUACCCUGCACCUCUUCCUCGCGUCUCCCCCUUCCCUCCCGGACAGCCCCCCUUCCUUCUGUAGCUCCUACUCUUGCCUCUCCCCGCCUGCUCCCGGCACCCAUCCCUCGGUGCGGCCCCCGACAGCGCCGCGCUCGCUCAGCCGCCCCCCUGCAUCUCAGGGCCCCCUCUCCGCCGCCCCCAGCGCCAUGGCGUGCAGCCUCAAGGACGAGCUGCUCUGCUCCAUCUGUCUGAGCAUCUACCAGGACCCGGUGAGCCUGGGCUGCGAGCACUACUUCUGCCGCCGCUGCAUCACUGAGCACUGGGUGAGGCAGGAGGCGCAGGGCGCCCGCGACUGCCCCGAGUGCAGGCGCACGUUCGCCGAGCCCGCGCUCGCGCCCAGCCUCAAGCUAGCCAACAUCGUGGAGCGCUACAGCGCCUUCCCGCUGGACGCCAUCCUCAACGCGCGCCGCGCGGCGCGACCCUGCCAGGCGCACGACAAGGUCAAGCUCUUCUGCCUCACGGACCGCGCGCUGCUCUGCUUCUUCUGCGAUGAGCCGGCGCUGCACGAGCAGCACCAGGUCACCGGCAUCGACGAUGCCUUCGAGGAGUUGCAGAGGGAGCUGAAGGAGCAGCUUCAGGCCCUUCAGGACAGCGAGCGGGAGCACACCGAGGCGCUGCAGCUGCUGAAGCGACAGCUGGCCGAGACCAAGUCUUCCACCAAAAGCUUGCGGACCACCAUUGGGGAGGCGUUCGAGCGGCUGCACCGGCUGCUGCGUGAGCGGCAGAAGGCGAUGCUGGAGGAGUUGGAGGCCGACACGGCGCGCACGCUCACGGACAUCGAGCAGAAAGUCCAGCGUUACAGCCAGCAGCUGCGCAAGGUGCAGGAGGGGGCCCAGAUCCUGCAGGAGCGGCUGGCCGAGACCGACCGCCACACCUUCCUGGCCGGGGUGGCCUCGCUGUCUGAGCGGCUUAAAGGGAAAAUCCAUGAGACCAAUCUGACUUAUGAAGACUUCCCAACCUCCAAGUACACGGGCCCCUUGCAGUACACCAUCUGGAAGUCCCUGUUCCAGGACAUCCAUCCAGGGUGUUCGCCUCCUAGCUGUGUACCCCAGGACAAAUCACUGCCCUCUCUGAGCCAGUUUCUCCUCUGUAAAACAGGGAUGGGGAAGAUGUGA